AUGCACGCCUCUGUCACGCCGAACAUUCCUGCCAACGUCAUCAUGGUCAGUCCAUUUUGACGACCCACAACGAUGGCUCUUUUGUCGUUAUCAGUCAAAUUCUUUUUUUCCAGAGAUUCUUCCCAUGUCUGAAAAACAUGAAAAAAAUCAUAUGGCAACAUUAUUAAUUUUAAAAAAAUUUAAUAAAAAAAUAAAUAAAAAAAUAAAAAGCAUAAAAAAACAAAAAAAUGGAAUUCAAUAAAAAAAUGCCUAAAACGCGUCACAGUCAUUGCGGACAUGUCUUUGUAUACCGUAUACGUUUCAAAGUAUAUUUUUACAUUAUCCCUCAAAGUUAUAUAUAAAUCGGAUAAGUACUCGCUGAGAUAUCCCCAAAAAACCAAAACUUAAUAGACUUUUGAGCGGUACUGUAAAUGACUUUUUUCUAGACCUUUUUUUUAGACUCGAGUUCUCAAAAUGACCAAAAACGAAAAAUUUUCUUUUUGACAUUUUAAACGAAUUUCGUUUUUGAAAGAUCAACCAAAAUUGAUCACUUUCAUUCUUUUCAUUUUGUGACAAUUACAGACUGAAAAAAGGUCAUUUUCUAAACAAUCAUAUUCUGACUAGUAAAUAAACUUUCGUCUUAAUGACCAAAAUUUUUCCAAAUGAAAUUUGAAUUUUUACUUUUUCCAACCAAAAACUUUCAAAGUAAAAUUUAAAUUUUCAUUUUUUUUAACCAAAAACUUUUUUUCAAAAAAAUAAGUAACUGUUCAUUUUUUUCAUCAUAUAAAUGACAAAUAAGGACACUUUCAACAGAACCCUUUCUUUUCGAAUCGGGAAAUUAUCAAUGCGAAAUGAAAAAAUUUUUAAGGGUUUCUGAACUUUUUUUUGGUUCUUUUCUUGCGCAAGACUUCUAAAUCACGAACUAUCGAAUUUCGAAAACGUUUCAGAUAUACCGCAAGCGGUUCGAGAUGCAGACUUUGAAGGACAAGCAAAGGAAGUAUCACAUGACGCCUGAUGAAAUCCUCUACGCGGAAAGUACCGCUUGCGCGAUUCGUUUCAAAAGAACCAAACUGUUCCCGCCGGUAUUCGGACUACCUUCGAGAGCGUCUGACAAAGAGGUUUUAGUCGAUGUGCGCUGACUGCGGCGAAGAGUUCACGAGCACGAUCAUCCCCUCGCAAGAUCAGCUCAUCAGCCACAUCGACAUGCACCACGACAAGCACGCCAUCAUCGAACGCUACACCUUCAAGGAAGCCAACCUUUUCGAGGCAAGUUUUUUUUUUGGAAAAUUUUUUUGAUAUUUCACGGCGUUUUUUUGACGACGCUCCAUCCAUAUUUUUUUUUUUCCCGUAAAGUGUAGUGUGUUGUGUGCAUGCACUGCGGCGCUCUAGCGCAUGCCAUUUUCAAAGAAAUUUUCGCAAAAUUCAAAAUCAUCUCUGAAUUUCUAGAAUUCAUUUAUAUUUUUCACUUUCUGGCUGUUUUGAAUUUUGCAAAAUCAUUUCGAAGACGGCAUAAAAACACGUUUUUUUUUUUCAAAUAAGAAACCGAUUCGUCUCAUGAUCAUGCGCCUUUAAUAUUCCCUGUUUUCUUACGCUUGUUCCCCGUGAUGUCACAUGAAAACGGCCGGAGUUUUGGCUCCGCCUCCUUAAUUUUCAGUUUCGCAUUUUCUCCCCCAAAUAAAACGCCGUGGUUUUACAAAUUUCAAAACUUUUCUUCCAGCAAUGGAUCCGAGAUCUGGGGGUGUACAGCAAGUACAGGAUGAAGAAGAUGGGGCUGGCGGACGAGCACAUGUACUUCCUGUGCUCGCUGGACGACCGCGUCAGCCGUACCGGCCAGGGUCGCGCUACCAAACAUCAGCAGCAGAACGUUCAUUGCACCGCCUUUAUUCGUGUCUACGACUGGAGGGUCAGUUCAAUAUUGCUGACCAAUUAUUCAUAGAAAUUUUCUUGAACCAAAAAAAAGCAUGCAUAGGCAAAGUCGGAUAGGGUGGAAAAAGGCUCCAUAGAAAUGUUCCUUUUUUGCUGCCUUUUUGCGCCUUUUUAUCGGCUCUUAUGCACCCUUUUCGCUGCCUGUCCCUUUGUCCAGCAUUUCUUGAGCCUUUCAAAUUCCAGAAUAAAUGGAAGGCUUGAUGAAGGGACUUUGAGCCUCUCCCUUUUAUCGGCUAUUAUCCACCAUUCCGAUUUUGCCUGAGUAUUUUUAAAUAAUGCAAUAGAAAAUGCAUUAUUUAAAAAAAUAGUGCUAGCGAAACGCUGCUAUUUUUUUCACGUUAAAAAAAUGAGUGAGAUUUUUCUUCCUGAAGUUUAAAGAUCAAAUUUUUGGUAUAAAAAAUUAAUUUUUGGUAUCACGGUCAGUAUAAACGUUUUAAGUCAGCGAGUUCUUCUGAUUUUUCUGGAUGUUACAUGUAAAAUUUCAAAAAAUGUGAAUACAACACAAUAAAGUUAAGGUUCGAAAGGCAAUAAAUAGCUUUACAAAAAGUAAAAUCUAUAUCAAAUCACAAUUUUUACUGCCCCUAUGCCUUUAAUACCCGGGUGAUACAAAGAAAGUUGAGAGAAACGAGAAGAAAAAAUUAGCAACGACAACGAAAAGUCAUCUCAAAAGAUCUUUUCAGUUGGUUAUGCAACGGGAAGUGCAGGAAACAGUCGUCGACUAUUGUCUUGAUCACUGCUUUCACAAAGGUUUCCAAUUCUUUCGAGCCUCAUUUUUCAACCUCAUUUUCAGAAAUGCAUGAUGCUGAUUUGGCGAGCAACGCCCACAUUUAUGAAGUUUAUUCUCCCGAGGUUCUGUGACUUCUCCCCGAGUUUGUGACCCGUUUCGACCAUUUAGGUGUUUUUGCGCGAAGUUGGAGAGCGCAAAGCCCGAACUCAGAAGAUGAUGAGUGAUCAGAACUCGUUUCAGAGGAUCAAGCGAGAUGGUCAGUGAGAAACUUUUUUUUUUCGAAAUAUCAACAAUGUUAAAUCCGAUUUUUCGAACUUCUUUUUUUGUUUUGGUGUACUCCAUCAAUUUCACUUAAAAUACGGGGUCUGUAUAGCUGAUUCACAGGCUCAAGUCAAAGGGUCUCGAAACGGUUAAAAAAUAUUUACGCAGACCGCAGAUCGGUGGAAAAUUUUUUUUUUCUGAAAAGGUUCUGUGAAAAUUCGAAAAUUUAUUAGUUUGCAGAGGUUAAGUAGGAUUUGAUCCAGAUGAAAAGCCUGAAAAUCCUAAACUGGGUCUCAUGUUCCACAAAAUUCUCCUAAUAAGGAAGGUCAUUUUACUUUGCGUUUAUGAUUUUCCUGAAAAUUGGUCAAAUUUUGGUGCUUUGACUUCAUUAUUUUUUUUUUUCAAAGUAGCAAAUUGUGCAAGUUUAAGCGUUCAGUGUCCUCUUCAAGUAUGUCGAAAAGUUUCUUGGCGAAUUUAAGGAACAACCGCAAAUUAAAAAGGAUCUACCUUGUAAAUUAUCACAAAAAUUACGCAGUUUUUUCAAAGAAAAAAGCCUAGUAGUCAGGCUGAUUUCAGUUGUUCGGUCGAACGGCUUCUCUGUGAGCAACCGCGGGCGUUCUUGUUUCGGUUCACGGGCUCUGGCUCCUCCCAUCGCCGCGCAGCUCGCUGGUGGGGUGGCGAAUCCGGUCGUCGACUCGUUUUACACUGGUUCUUUUUUAAUCACACAUCUUUUAUCCUCAAAAUUUUUAGAAACGGAUUUUGUUUCGAAUGAUUCUCCGGAUGUCUCUUCGCUUUUCCGUGCCAGUCGUCGUUUUCGACCGCCAAAGACUGUUGAAGUAUGGAUACGAAAUAAUUCUCAGGAAUUCCAGAGUGGUUCCUAUAGGGAUUAGAGAAUAAACAGCCCUUAUAAGGGUCGAAAAAGUGGUCCCGAUAGGGGUAAAAUUAAGGUGGUUCCUAUGGAUUUUUGGGGUCCCACACCUUAGACCCUAAAGCUCAAGUGGACUCUAUAGGGGUCUCUCAAUUUCAUUCAAAAACGCUUAUUUAUUCAGUUUUUUCCAUGGAAAUGCUUCAUAAAAAUUAUCGAAUAGCAUGACCCCUAUAGCGGCCACUAAGUAAAAACCCUAAAGGGGCCACUUUUGCAAGCUUUAGUGACUCUUUAGGGGUUGGUAAAGUGGUCCCUAAAGGGGGCUUCUAAGGUUGCCCCUAUAGGAACCACUCUAGCUUUCCUAAGUCGUUCAAAUUCAGCCGUCGCAAGGAAGAAGCUACAUAACAAACAGGGACUUUUUCAAAGACGCUCCCACGUACAGUUUGGUCUUGAAGGCAGAAGAAGCUUGUGAGGUGCUUGACCUUUCGAAAACUUCCUAGAACUUGAAGAUUUUUCUUUUCAGUCGUUGGUCAAUCGACUGCAGCAUUGCUCCUCGUCAAGACAGGCGACACGUUACAAACAUCGGAUAGAUGAGCUUCUGCGCGCCGCCGUCAACGAUCCAGAGUUCGGCGCCCAAGGAAGUCCCGAGCCAGACAUGACCACAGCGGGCACGUCCGUGUACCGAAGCAUGCAAUACACAAUGUAGGGUUUUUCUUCGAAAUCUGCUCUGAAUCGAAUGAUUUCAGGCCGACUCCAGGCACUUCGGUACGACCCGUCGCAUCAAAUAUCAUGCGGAAGCCAACAAAGGUUGUACAAUAAUAUUUUUUUAUAUGAAAAGUUUCUAGCGACCAGCCAAAGUGACGAAUGCGAACAAGUCAAACGAUGAAUUCGAUUUUGAUCUCAAAGAUGAGCUCGACGAAGAGAGCUCACCUCCACAAGAAAAUAGCCCAAAGGUUCCAAGACGAGGAAGACCGCGAAAAAACGAAAGUUUCACCCCGGUAAAGGCGAGUGUCCAAAUAUUGAUAUUUCUAAUAAUGUUUUCUUAGAAAGUUCGCCACGACAGUACGACUUCUGUGGCAACAUGCGUGAGCGAAUCUCGCAGUGGUCGUCAGCGCAAAACGCCCGCUCGGCUACAUGACUGA